CCGUGCUGUCACAUGGGUCUUGCAAAGUGGAGUGAAGUUCAUGCUUUUGCUGUCAACGGCUUCAUGUUGUCAUUUACAGAUUUGACAGUAUUAAGCAACACUUUAAGUUUUGUUAUGUUUGAGUAUAAAUGUUGCUGAUUACAUUGUAAGAUGAUCAGCUAUGAGUAUGAAGUGAUCUGAACACAGACGAGUUGAGAAGAUGUCUGCGCAGUGUUGGCAGAAGUUAAUGCUAACGGGUCCUCAGCAUGGCCGAGCCUUCUUGAACACGAGGAGCUGUUUGUGUGCAGGGCCACGCCAGAGACACUAUGGGUCCCCCGGCCGCAUGCGUCCCCACAGGAGGGUGGUGAUCACUGGCAUUGGCCUGGUGUCGCCCCUGGGCACGGGCACCGCUCUGCCCUGGCAGCGCCUUAUCGGCGGGGAGAGUGGCAUUGUCGCCCUGGAGACGGAGGAGUACAAGACGGUGCCCUGCAAAGUGGCCGCUCUUGUGCCACGAGGAGACGGCGAGGGGGGAUUCGAGCAGGAGCGGUUCGCCCGCCGCGGCGAGAUCAACAGCAUGUCCCCGGCCACGGUCAUGGCACUAGCGGCGGCACAGCUGGCUUUGGAGGACUGCGGGUGGUAUCCCACCAGCGUCGAUGAUCAGCUGAGCACGGGGGUCGCCGUGGGCAUGGGCAUGGUGUCUCUGGAAGAGAUUGCCCGCACCUCCGCUGCCUUCCAGUCGCGCGGCUACAACAAGGUUAGCCCCUUCUUCGUGCCCCGCAUCCUGGUCAACAUGGCCGCCGGACACAUCAGCAUCAAGCACAAGCUGAAGGGGCCCAACCACGCCGUCUCCACCGCCUGCACGACGGGCGCGCACGCCAUCGGAGACGCCGCCCGCUUCAUUGCCCGCGGAGACGCUACGGCGAUGGUCGCCGGGGGCACAGAGGCGUGCGUGGGCCCCCUGGCGCUAGCGGGGUUCGCCCGGGCGCGUGCGCUGAGCACCAGCUGGAAUGAGAACCCCAGGCUGGCCUCCAGGCCCUUCCACCCAGAGAGAGACGGCUUCGUGAUGGGCGAGGGGGCGGCGGUGCUGGUGCUGGAAGAGUACGAGCGAGCUGUAGAGAGGGGGGCGCGGAUCUACGCCGAGGUGCUGGGGUACGGCCUCUCGGGGGACGCCAGCCACAUCACUGCCCCCACGGCUGAUGGAGACGGGGCGCUGAGGUGCAUGUCUGCAGCAGUUCGGGACGCCGAAGUGGACCUUUCUGAGGUCACCUACAUUAACGCCCACGCCACCUCCACACCACUAGGGGACGCUGCUGAGAACGCCGCCAUUAAGAGGCUCUUCCAGCAGCACGCUGGCUCCCUGGCUGUGUCGUCCACUAAGGGUGCCACAGGACACCUGCUAGGGGCCGCAGGGGCCCUGGAGGCCGCCGUCACCGCCCUGGCCUGCCACCACGCCACCCUGCCGCCCACCCUCAAUCUGGACCGCACAGAACCGGAGUUCGACCUGAACUACGUGCCCUGCACAGCACAGCCCUGGAAGACUGCGGGCCGCCGCGUCGCCCUGACCAACUCGUUUGGAUUUGGGGGCACCAACGCUACCCUGUGCCUGGCCAGCGUCUGAGAGGCCUGAGGGGCAUUGUGGGCCAGUCAGGCUGAAGUCUGGAGGACCAGGGCAUGCAGGAGAAGGGCAUUGUCGCUGUUAUCACAUUGUAUGACAGGAACUGUGUACGUGAUGGAUUUGAAUGGUUGUGUGAUACUGGAUCAAUGAUUUGUUUGUGUGCUUAUUUGUUUCCUUGUUUGUAUUGGAACUGAUAAAAAUGCUAACAAUACACUCAUAAUACACACAAACACCUCAAUGUUCAGGUCAAUAAGAAGUUCUUGCUAAAAAAUA